AUGGCAAAACUGCAUGCAGUCGAGAAAACAGGACCUCAACCACCAGGAACACUACCUGAAGGAGAUAAAGGCUGGGAUUGGGAUGAGCAUGGAGCUCCCGGAAGUGUUCCAGAGGAUCAUUACAUCCAAACAACUUUCAUUCAUAGAAGCAAUACAGAAAGUGAUAAAGCGUAUGCGAACAAUAUAAGAAAUAUAAUUAAAGACAUUCAAGAAAGAUUAAAAAAGGAAGCCCGAGUGACAAUCGACAAUGAAAAUAUUGAAUGUAAGACAGGAGAAGAGAACCAUCGUUGUGCCGAUUAUCCCAGCCAGCGAGCUUAUCACUUCUUAGUCGUCGAAGAUUCAUCGAAAGGUGCCGCCGUCUAUAGUCUGGAUAAGAAAUACAAUGAGAAGGAGAUUGGCUCUAUAGAAAUGGCUCUGUUGGAUGCCUUCUCACGACAUUCACCCAAUCCAUUGACCAUAUUCGCAUCAAAAAUUGCUGAGCCUCAUGUUGGCUUUGUUCGUGAAUUGAGUGCUAAGGAGAUAGCAGCAAUGGCCAGAACUUCAUCUCCGGAACAGAUCUCCAAGCAUAGUUCAUUGGAGUUACAACUGAUAGAGCCUACAUUGAUAGAGUUAAGACAUGGCGAAGGAUUAGAUACAAUCGCACACAAACUGAUUGAAUUUCAAAAUCAAAAGCAAUUCGAUGAAGCUUUAAAGACUCACCAGCACGUCUUUGUCCUAUUUUGGAGCAACGUCUUUUCACUCAGCCUUCAUCAGUUUAAUCUCUGGGCGCGAACUUCGAAUGUUUUCAGUGAGAAGAAUGUAUUAUUGGCACAUGUGCGAUGCCAUGAAAAUAUUAAUUUCUGUGAUGGUCUUAAGACGGCCGACUUCAAUACUAUCGUUGCCUACAGAGAUGGUGUGAACACGGGCACUACUCAACACUUGUCCAAUAUCAAGUAUUAUCAGCAAUGGAUCAGAUUAAUGAUCAAUUCCCCAUUCGUAGAAUUGAAGACGGAAGGAGAUUUGAAGUCAGCCAAGAAAGGCGUAUUACCUGAUAUAGAAGAUGAAUUCUCUGCCGUCACGAUCGGCAUUUUCCCAGAAUCAACUGGAACUGCUUUCCGUCACUUCGAAAUCGCAGCUGAGAAGCUGAAAGGUCGUUAUGCCGUGGCUCUCUUCGUUAAACCUGGUGCGGAACCUUCUGUCGCUUCCUAUCGUCCGAAGGAAAAGAAAAAGAGAUUGGAUUAUGAGGGACGAUACGAUCCCGCUUCACUUAUCUCUUUCAUAUCGAAUUCCCAGUUGCCUUCUGUUAUUGAUAUUGUCAAUGGGUUCACCACCGACGCCUUGUUCAGACAAAACAGAAUAGUUAUCUGUCUGUUGUCCGUUGGAAGUACAGACAGCACUGAGUUCGAAAAGCUUGCUGCCAGAGAUGAAUUAAGGAAAAACUACAUCUUCACCAAGAUAUCCAAGACUGAUCUACUUGCUGUUGAUGAUGUGUUGGAUAGACUAUUUUUAGACAAGCGAGAUGUAUCAACUGUUAUUUUGUUUGACAAGGAUCGUGUGUUUUUCCUACAGCUGCAUAAAGAAACAUCUGAUGAUAUCUUGGCGUGGGCACAGCAGAGUCACCAAAAAGAGCCUGAACUGGAACUUUCUCCAAAGGAUGUUCAUCCUUUGAGACUACUUCAAGUUGGACAAGUUAAUGACUUAUUUGGCAAACAAAACACAGUUCUUCUCCCUGAUCAUACAUUAUUCAAAGAUUUACCUCCUGCUCAUCCUCAAAUCAAUUUCCAAUCCGGCGGAACAGGAGGAUGUCCUUUCAUGGCUGGAGGAGGAGCUGCUCAUGAUGAGCUGUGA